UAGCGUCACUACCUGUUGAAGUUUAUCCAAGCGUCCACUCCACCAGACUUUUUUAUGUUAACCUACUAAUUUUACCCGCUAAACAAAAAGCGCUGUUGUGCUUAUGAAAUACAACAUUACAACAAGUCUUGACUAGUAUAUUUUGGGGUCUCAUAUGAGGAAAACAAUGAGAACUCGGUCAAGUUCACCUCCAAUUCAUGUGCAUGUCAACGAUGACACACCGGUCCAUGUGCACGUGAAGAGCCAGAGGACGAGUCCUGCCAGGACGCCUCAGGGGAAGGCCAAGGUCGACAGAGGGAACCUCCGGCCUACAGCCAAGGUCAAAACUCGAGCACCAUGGAUACCACCAGGGAAGGGCUCCAUACGGGACGCUUCGUACAAGUGGGAGGGGCCGACGCACCACCUUGAGAUCUCACCGCCGCUCCCUGAACCAGAACCAGAACAUUCCCAGUCUGCGCUGCGAUUGGCUGACCUCACAUCAGAGGAAGAGGAAGGGCUGCACGGACGAAUCAGCCAGUAUGAGAGGAAGAUUGACAGCUUACUGACUGAAGUCAGUACUCUGAAAAAUGAGGUGGAGCUGCGGAAGAAGGAGCAGCUGCUGGAGCGUCAGUCGGAGCAGCUGAAUGUCUCCCAACGGGUGAUCGCUGAGCAGGAGGAGGAGCUGGCUGAAGUAACGAAGGAACUGGAAGAGACCGAACGGGAGAACACGCGAUUACGUCAAUCCAUGGAGAAGAUGCUGGAGGAGACUGACUACCACAGGUUAGACGGGGACAGCGUGCAACAAGAUAAAGAUGCUCUGCUCAGGAAACUGAUUGAGGCAGAGGUAGAUGGGACGGCGGCUGCCAAGCAAGUCUCAGCCCUGCGAGAAUCUGUUUCCAAACUGUGCGGUGCUGCUGGCAGUAGGCUGUCUGGCUCUGAGUCUUCGGUCUUGGCCCGCCAAAAGGAGCUGUUGCUGCAGAAACUGGAGACAUUUGAGGCCACAAACCGAACCCUGCGCCACCUUCUCAGGGAGCAGCACGGAACACAGAUGGACUCAAUGCGGCUGUCAGAGCAGAAGGAUGCAUUACUCAAGAGACUGGCAGACACAGAGGCAGAAAACGCUCAACUUGUGGUGAAACUUCAAGAGAAGGACAGAGAGGUUGAUCAACUCUCCAGACUUUUAGAUACAGAGAAGGACAAUGCCAAGAGCACAGCUGAUUUGUCCAAGAGCCUGGAGUCAACAAGAGCUCAUUUACAAGGACAGCUCCGCAGCAAAGAAGCUGAGAACAACCGGCUUACUGUGCAGAUAAAGAACUUGGAGCGUGCAGCCAACCAGCAGAAGGCGGAGAUGGAGCAUCUGACAGAGCAGCUGGCGAGGCUGAAGCAGCAGGCCAGUGCAGACCGCGACGCUCUGAAACGAGCCACGCGAGCCCAGAAACAGCGAGCUGAGCGCAGCGAGGGUACUGCGGACCAGCUAAGCGUCCAGCUCAUAGACAUGGAGAAGCAGGUGGCAGAUGCACUGUCAGCAGCUGAGAGCUGGCAGAGUCACCAUGCCCAAGAAGUGAAAGAAAAGAGUAAACUGGAGAUUGAACUGUCGCUGUUGAACAGCCGUGUAACAGAGCUGACGGAGCAGCUGCAGACUUCAGAGGAGAAAGGCCGAGUGGAGAGAGAAGCUCUGCUGGAUCACCUGCACGGACUGAGCACAGAGAGCACUGCUGCCAAACUGGAGAACCAGUCCCUCAAGGCUACAGCAUCUGCAGUGGAGGAGAAACUGGCCUUGUCUCAGUCAGAGCUCCAGCAGGUCAAAGCUUCCAUCAAGCAAUAUGAAAGCCUGCUGGACAGCUACAAGAUCCAGGUUGGAAAAACCCGGGCGGAGGCGGACGAGUACUGUGCUCGGCUGGCUCAGGCGGAGCGGGAAGCCCUGGCCGUGCGGGGGGAGCUGGAACAGGAGAUAGAGGAGGUGCGCAGAGAGCUGCUGGGUCGGCUGGCGGAGCUGGAGCCUCUGCCAGAAGCCUUACGACACACUGAACUCCAACUGCAGGAAGCUCAGGACAUGGAGCGCAACCAGGAGAGACGCAGCAUGGAGCUCAGCACCACCCUGACUGAUCUCCGCAUGAAGGUGGAGACCCAGGGCAGCCAGAUGGACCUUCUAAGACAGAAGAACAAAGUGCUGCUAGAGGAGAACCGACAGCUUCAGCAGCGAGUGGAGAGUUUGGAAAG